UCUUUUUGGUGAGAAAAAAACUUCAAAUUCCAAUAUGUUUGAGCUUCUUUGUUUCAGUAAUAUUUAGAGUAAUUCUAACUCUUGGAAAGCAACCUUUUAAGAGUUACUGUUCAGAAGAGACCAGGAUUAUGCCUGCAGUCAAAAGGGUUCAAAAAUAGUAACUAUUUUAUUCGGGGUAUGUCAUUUUCCGGCUUGUGUGAAAAAGAGGGGCACUACAGAAGGGGUUAAACCCCCGCAGGCUUAGGUCAAAUUAAAUUACAUGUACAUUUUCUUAGGUAAUGAAGAUACCAAAUGGGCCCCCAGAACUGAUUGUAUCUGAAAACAGUUUUUCAUUCAGGACAUUUUUUAUCUGAUCCUAUUUUAUGGAUGCCCAGUUGUCAUUCUCUAUACAGUGUACUUAACGAGCUAGCCCAACCUAUUUUUUUUCAGAAAUAACGCUUACUUAGUCAAGAACACAAGAUGGGUUAGUACAAAACUACUAUAGAAUAAGCAUAGAUAAUAUGACUAUUGUGGGCUGAAAGUUUCGUCCAUUAUCAAACUAUUUUUGACUACAAUUGCCUUGUAGGCUCAUUUAGUCUGUAGUCUGAAGCUUGUUGCUUCGGAUGGUUUAAAAAAAAAAAAAUUUAUUCCGACAAGAAGAAAUCCUGGGAAUUUAUUGCUGAAUGUCAUUUGGGAUCUGGUUCAGAUAAGGAGGCAAAGAACUGAAUUAUUUAUUUUCAGCCCGGCUGAUAGUGAAAGACUUGACCAUUAAUUAUCAGACUGUGCAAAAAACAAAACAAAAACUCUCACUGUACUGCAAACAAUGUGCUAUCUAGCAGCAAUUUGUAACAUGCUUUGGUUAGCGUAUGUCUUUCCAAAUUCAUAUUUUAUUAUCUUACUGCUCCCAUAUUGCUUGUAAUGGCAAAUUGCCUUGGUAGCGGUUGCUAGCAACUGUCUAAACUCUGUCAGCCAUCCUGUAAGUGAAGAAUGUUGUAUGUCCAUGAAGCGUGAGAGCUUAAGUACAAUGUGAAUUUGCAUUGAUUGACAUCUGCAUUUUAAAAAUAGUAUCUUAAUAAAGGAUGGUGGGAGGUUUUUGCCAUUGCAAUUUCAGAAACUGAGAUCAGUUUACUUCCUCAUGCUUUCACAAUGCACAGUACCACAAUUAGGCUGUUAGUGCAACCAAGUGAUCUGGGACACCUUAGCCUUGCCUUAGUGCCUCAGCAAGGAGUGCCUUAAUCUAACCAAGGUGUAUUCAUGUGGGUGGGGUGGACAUAAACACACCCUGCCCAGAACUCAGAGCAGAGUGGAAAAGGUAGGCAGAGAGGAAGGAGCAGUCACUACAUUUGUACACACACCAGGAGAAAAAUUCCCACAUCUGGAACAUUCUUCUUGCUUUACUUAGCUGCCCAAAAUCUAGUCCUAUGAUGGGUGUAGUGUUUCAGUGAAUCAUGAGCUUUAAUGAAGUGGGCCUAAUUAUUGAGAUCCCUAAGCAAUGUCUGAAGAAACGCCAGAAGCCUUUAAAGAUAUCCGCAGCAAGCCUGGCCUGCAGAUAUGGACCAUAAACAAUAUGGAGAUGGUCCCUGUUGAUCAGCAGGCCUUUGGGAAUUUCUUUGAGGGUGAUUGCUAUAUUGUUCUGCAUGAAAGCAAUGACUCUGCUCACUCCAAGAACAUCCAUUAUUGGAUUGGGAACACCUCCUCCCAGGAUGAGCAAGGGGCGGCGGCCAUCUAUGUGACCCAGCUGGAUGAGUUUUUGGGCGGCAGCCCCAUUCAGCACAGAGAGGUGCAGGGCUGUGAGUCCUCCAAAUUCCAGAGCUACUUCAAAAACGGCAUCAUCUACAAGAAAGGGGGAGUGGCGUCGGGGUUCCACCAUGUCGACGUCAACGUGUACAACAUUCUGCGUCUGCUGCACAUUAAAGGUCGUAAGCAUGUCAAGGCCACUGAGGUGCCUGUCUCCUGGAACAGUUUCAACAACGGCGACAUAUUCCUGCUGGACAUGGGAAAGGUGAUUGUGCAGUGGAAUGGCCCUCAAAGCAACAGAAGAGAGAAGCUGAAGGCAAUGCUCCUGGCCCAGGACAUUCGGGAUAGGGAGCGAGGUGGGCGGGCCCAGAUUGGCGUGGUCGAGGGCGGGGACGAGGGAGACUCCCCGGAGCUGAUGAAGAUCAUGACGGCCGUGCUCGGUCAGAGGGUGGGGCAGCUGAAAGAGGCCAUCCCAGACGAUAACACAAGCAUCGACCAGUCCGGCAGUGUUAGGCUCUACCAUGUCUCGGAUGCCAGCGGUAGCCUGGUCGUCCAAGAGGUCGCCACCCAGCCACUUACCCAGGAUCUGCUCAACUCAUCGGACUGCUAUAUCGUGGACCAGGGUGGAGCCAGUAUUGCAGUGUGGAAGGGGAAGGGCGCCUCCAGCGAGGAGCGGAGUGCAGCUUUGGGAAGGGCGGUGGGCUUCAUUAAAGCAAAGAACUACCCCUCCAGCACCAAUGUAGAGGUGAUGGCUGAGGGCGGGGAGUCAGCCAUGUUUAAGCACCUCUUCAAGUCCUGGAAAGACAAGAACCAAAGUCAGGGCUUGGGCAGGACCUACUCUGUGGGCAAGAUUGCUAACGUGAGCCAGGAAAAGUUUGAUGUAAUGGAACUCCACGCUCGGCCUGAACUGGCCGCCCAGCAGCGCAUGGUGGACGACGCCUCUGGAGAAGUGCAGGUGUGGCGCAUCGAGAACCUGGAGCUGCAGGAACUUCACCCCAGCUCCUACGGCCAGUUCUACGGAGGAGAUUGCUACCUGAUUCUCUACACCUACAAGAGGACCAACCAGUUACAGUACAUCCUCUACAUGUGGCUGGGACGCCAUGCCACCCAAGAUGAGAUCACGGCGUGCGCGUACCAGGCUGUCAAUGUAGAUAAUAAGUACAACGGGGCACCCGUCCAGGUCAGAGUUACCAUGGGCAAGGAGCCACGUCACUUCAUGGCUAUUUUCAAGGGAAAGCUUAUCAUCUUUGAGGGUGGGACGGGGCGACCUGGAGUGGUGACACCUAACUCUGGCAACGCCAGGCUGUUCCAGAUGCGAGGGACACAUGAGUUCAACACCAAGGCAACUGAGGUCCCAGCCCGUGCAUCUUCCCUCAACAGCAAUGAUGUCUUCCUCCUAAACACAGACCGGGUCUGCUAUCUGUGGUAUGGGAAGGGCUGCAGUGGGGACGAGAGGCAGAUGGGAAAAUAUGUUGCUGAUGUCCUCACCAAGCAGGACAAGCAGGUGGUGAUGGAGGGACAGGAGCCAGCCGAGUUCUGGGUGGAACUGGGGGGAAAGGCUCCGUACGCCAGUGAUAAGAGGUUCCAAGUGCAGGAGCCUGCCCACAAUCCCCGGCUGUUUGAAUGCUCCAAUCAGACGGGCCGUUUCCUGAUGACAGAGGUGGAGGACUUUGCCCAGGAGGACCUGGAUGAGGAGGAUGUCAUGCUGCUUGACACUUGGGAAGAGCUCUUCCUGUGGAUUGGCCAGUCAGCCAAUGACUAUGAAUCCAAGGAGGCAUAUACCAGCGCAGUGGAGUACCUUAAGACCCAUCCAGCCGGCAGGGACCCAGGCACACCCAUAAUAACCGUGAAGCAGGGUUUUGAGCCACCAACCUUCACAGGCUGGUUCAAUGCCUGGGACACCCAUAAGUGGAGUGGUGGAAAUUCAUACGAGGAAAUGAAAAAUCAGCUGGGGGAUGUUGCAUCUAUUUCACAGAUUACUGUUAAUCUGAAGAACACAGAUCUGAACCUGCAGAACAGGGCCGGUUGGGGAUACAGUGCCCCAGGAGGUCCGGUCACUUCCACACUAAAUGUUUCGGGGCCCGGAAACAAGACCAAAGCAGAACAGCCUUUAAUCGUCAUCUCUGGGGCUAAUGCUCCCAGUAUGAACCCCCAACUGCUGCUUAACAGGACCCCAGAUGAGCUGCCUGCAGGGGUAGAUCCAGGGAAGAGGGAGGAAUACCUGUCAGAUGCAGAUUUUGAGGCCAGGCUCGGUUCUUCGCGGGCAGAUUUCUAUCGCUUGCCCAAGUGGCGGCAAAAUCACCUCAAGAAGUUAGCGGGGCUUUUCUGAGAGUGAGCAGGGGCAUCCUUUCAACCACACCAGAUGCCAAAUGAUUUCCGCACUUCCAUUAGCAUAAGCGUGACCAACCCUGAUUCUGAAGACCCAAGAGCCCAUCAGACAAACUAUUAAAAAGCAGCGAUUCUGCUCUUUGAUUAUCUGGAUGGUCUAAAUAGGGCAGCAGACCCAUUCUUUGGCAGAAUUGAGAAUCCAGAACAUUGAUGGGCUCAACAUUUUAAAAACUACUAUAAACAAUGUCCAAAACUUGAAUAAAUUGUAAAAAUACAAACAAUAAUUAAGUAAGUCACAUUUAUAACAUUUUUUAUUUUAUAUAUUUGAAUGUUUAGAAAUAUUUCACAAUAGCACUGAACCCUUUGAUAGGGACUAAAUCCUGCUGUUCACUGAUAUUUUGAAAACUUUUAAACAUUUACACUAAAAAAGCAUAUUAAAUUUUUCUUAUUUUUUAAUUAAACUUAACAUGCCUGUCUUGUGAAAAUACAAGAGAUCAUGAACAGUCAUCAGCUGAUUCUCACACAGACUGGAAUAAUCUGACUAUUGAAUCUGAAGGCCAUCAUAUUCCAUGUGCCUUGAUCCAAUGUACUCCACAGCACUAAGGGGAGACUGCCACACUGCCUACUUUGAGGGUUCCAAUCAUAUAAUGAAAAUCCAAUAAAAGCACUGAGAAGUUCACUGUAUUUGAACUUAUCCCAUAAUUUCAUUAAAAAUAUCUUAUUCCUCCUG